CAGAGUCAUGUCGGCUUAGCUUGACCCACAUUGCAAGCAUUAAUGUAAGGGUUUUAGAUACCAUUCCCUGUCGAAAGGGUUCUUCUAAAAUUAUUUGAAGGGGUACUGAUUACCCACGCCCCUAUCCCAACCAAGUCCAUUGAAUUUAAGCACAAGAAACUAAUUUGCCUUCCCGGAUAGUAUUAUAAACAACUUUUUCGUUGGUUCUCUAGAAUAUUUUUCAAUUUUAAAGAGGCUGAAACUUAAAGAAAGCUAUGCCUUCUAGGGAAUAUCUUCUAGGCCUGGGUUUGUCUUAUCUUCUUAUCUCUAUCUCUCUCUCUCUCUGAAGUCUUUAUAUAACCAACGAUCCAAUUGCCAAUGGCUAGCCAACCAGAGAGAGUAUUCUCCUCUUUGAUUUCAGCUAUCGCAUACUGUUUCGAUCAUCGUGGACACACCCACCACAAAAGCAUCAAACAUACCCACCACAACAUGCCCAAGGGUCGACCCCUUUCUUUGCAGACUGUGGAACUCAAAGUCAGAAUGUGCUGCACUGGCUGCGAGAGAGUUGUCAAGAACGCCAUCUACAAACUUAGAGGGGUAGAUUCAGUUGAAGUGAAUCUAGAGAUGGAGAAGGUGACAGCGAUAGGGUAUGUUGAUCGCAACAAAGUGCUGAAAGCAGUGAGGAGGGCUGGGAAGAGAGCCGAGUUUUGGCCAUACCCAAACCCACCUUUGUAUUUCACAUCUGCUAACUACUAUUUCAAAGACCUCACUAACGAUUACAAAGAGAGCUACAACUAUUGGAGGCACGGAUACAAUGUCGGGGACUUGCAUGGUACCAUUCCAGUUACUCACAGGGGAGAUGACAAAGUUAGCAAUAUGUUCAACGAUGACAAUGUCAAUGCUUGCUGCCUCAUGUAAUGUAUUGUAAUGUUCAACGACGAUAAUAUCAAUGCUUGCUGCCUCAUGUAAUGCAUUGUAAUGUAACCAUAUAUAUAUAUAUAUAUGUAUGUAUACACUAGCUCAAGUAUGCAACUAUAUAUAUAGAUAGAUCUUCUUAGACAUGUAAUUUAUACAAUUUCACUGCCAUGAAUUUCUUUUUUUUAAUUUUU